UUUUAUCAUGUCUCUCAAUCUCUGUAGCAGAUUUUAAGUAUGAUGGUGUCAAUAACACUUGUUCUGUUUGUUUUCAUUUUGCUCGGAAGGACGGAGGCUAUAUCCAACAGUGGGUGUGGAAUAACAAAGCAAUGUUUUUCUUUUCCAACCGGAUGCUCCGUAACAAGUUCUAGCUGCCUGUUUAUUUCUUAUGUUUAUAAUGCAACGGACCAAAGUUUUUUAUUUGAACUGAGUGGAGGCGUUGGAUCAGGUUCCGAAUAUGUUGCGGUGGCUUUUACUUCUACUCCAGCCAUGGCUAAUGGUGAUCUGUAUUAUUGUACUGGAACAGAAUUUAAAUCAGGGGCGCUGCAAGUUCGAUAUAACGCUCCUUCAACUGACUCAACAACUCCGAGUGGAGUUGUGCAACUAUCAGCAGCCUCUACUAAUGGUGUUGGAGAAUGUACUUUCACCCGACAAGCAUCAAUAACUAAGAUUGUUACCUCUGGUUCCAAGACAUUUAAUCUUGUGACUGAUAACUUCUUUAUUUUGAUGGCUACAGGGAGUUACAAUAGUGGAAACAUAGUGAAACACAGUGCAGCCAACAGAUUUUUCACAUCAGCUGUUGUUAACUUUACCACUUCACCCGCUCCUGUAACAACCCCAAGUCCUGGUACAACACAACCAAGUUCUGACUUAACAUCGGGAUGUGGUUCAACUAAAGGUUGCUUUCGUAGCCCCCCUGGUUGUUCAACCCAGUCUUCAACUUGUAUGUUCCUAUCUUGGAAAUAUAAUUCUGCUUCUAAAACAGUCGACAUGCAAUUAUCGGGAGGUAUGGCUGCUUCACAAUACGCUGGGUUCGCGUUUGGCAGUAGUGACCGAAUGCAGAAUGCGGAUCUGUAUUACUGUACAGCAUCAGCGGUAAAAUCUGGGGCUAUUAAAGGUCUUCAAGCAGCACCAGUAGAUACAGCACUACCGGAAGGUGUAACAAAUAUACAAGCUGGGACAAAUGGUGGAGUAGUACAAUGCUCGUUUACCCGCCCAGCGAGUGUUACGAAAGAUCUUUCUGCACCAAACACUGUCAUUGAUAUCUCAACAACCACCUACUACAUAUUAUUUGCAACUGGGACAUCACUUGCCGGUGGUUUGAGCUAUCACGGUCAAUCAAGAGUUGCAUCAACUCGUUCAAUUGAUUUUAAACUGAAUGAAGACAUAGGUGGAACUGUUGACUCAAUUGACAUGGUUAAAGCACAUGCAUCAUUGAUGAUGAUUGCUUGGCUGACGUGUGCUAGCAUUGGCGUGAUUAUCGCACGACAUUUCAAACCUCUGUUUCAUGACAUGACUUGCGGUGGGGAGAAAGUAUGGUUCCAGAUCCAUAGAUCACUAAUGGUCACAGCUCUGUUAGCAACCGUUAUUGCAUUUAUCCUAAUAUUUGUCAACGUGAAAGGCUAUAGUGUGAAGGCAGGUGCCCAUCCUAUUAUUGGUAUAAUAGUAACUUGUCUUGCCAUAAUCAAUCCCAUAAUGGCAAUCUUUCGUCCCCAUCCUGGUGAGAAGAACAGGGUAAUAUUUAACUGGGCACAUUGGUUUGUUGGGACAGCGGCUCAUAUUCUUGGUUUAACUGCUAUAUUCUUAGGUGUGGAUCUUGCUAAACUGAACUUACCAGAAUGGGAUACCUGGGUUUUGGUUGGAUUUGUUGCAUUUCAUGUCAUAACAGAAGUCAUUCUUGAAAUACUAUCCGCAUUUCAUGGGCAUAUAUCAGCUUAUAAAAAGACUCCGAAAAACUCAAUGAACAUGGAUGACAAUGCAGCAGAUAAAGACCAACCACCAAAAGGAGCUGGGAUUAAAUAUUUCAUUCUGGUUGUUUACUCACUUGGAAACAUUGGAUUCUUGAUUACAUUCAUUGUGUUUAUUGCAUUGCAUUAGAAACCUUGUAUAUUAUAAACUUAAUUAUUAGAUCAGGACAACAAUAAAUCUUUUAUGUAUUUAACAUUUGUUUAUAUUAACCUAUUACCAUGUAUAUAACUAACAAUCAGUGAAGUCUCUCAUGCUGUAGACAUUACAUUUAUCUCGUUCCGUUAAUACUGUCAGCUUUUAUAAUGCACUUGUGUUGCAAAACUAAUAAUAUCCUAAAAACUAUAGCAAGGAUAAUAAAUACAUUUUUAGAUUCUUGGUUGAGAUAUUGUCGUUACUUUGAAAAAUUUAUAAACAAUAUUUAGCUACGUGUUUGUACAUCUAUGCUUAUUUAUGCAUCAGAAUUAUUGCAACAAUCAUUUUUACUUCAGGGUAUGCAUGUUUAUGCUCAUCAUUCCUUGUUAAUUAGUUUCAAAUUAUAUAGCACUUGUGACUUGUAUAUCAUUUUUGUAUAUCUUUUAAUUGCAUCCAAUAUUUUCGCAUUUAUUCAACCAACAUAGGAAUUGUACCUGUAUUGUAGAGCAACUCAAUAAUAACCUGAAUUUACUCCCAAGAAUGUUUGCUGAUUACAAUUUAAACAUGGUA